CACAUCCUGAGGAUUUUGCUUGCGGGGCAAAAGAUCCUCUCUCUUUCUUCUCCUUCUUCUCGUCCCUCCAGCCCACGCCGAUUUAAACUCAUCGUCGUCAUCAGACUAUGGAUGACGAUGCGGAUGACGCCGAGCAACAGAGAGAAAGCGUGAAGCUUUGCUUUCUCUCCUCCUCCUUCUUCCCUCUUGACUUGGUCCUGUUCUUGGAAAAUGAUUGAGGCCUAAGGAAUCGGUGGCGCAAAUCGGCAAUGGCGGACGUUUCGGAAAUUGAUCGUCUUCCGGUCGACAUUCUUUCCCACUGCUUCGGCUUCAUUCAGUCCUUCAAGGACUUGGCCUUGGUUAGCGGGGUUUGUAGGAAAUGGAGGGAGGGAGUGAAGAGGAGCCUGGCGAGGAAGGAAAAGCUGAGCCUUGCUGGUUGGAAGAUGGAUGACGAGUCCACCGCCAGGAUGGUCCAGUCUGCCAUCAAUCUCAAGGAGCUCGACAUUUCACGAAGCUGUUGGGGUAGUCAAAUAACGGAUAAUGGUCUGUACAAAAUAUCGUUGGCAAAAUGUUGUAGCAGCCUGACGUCAAUUUCCUUGUGGGGCAUGGUGGCAAUCACAGACAGAGGUGUGGUUCAGCUGGUGUUGAGGGCUGUUGCUUUGCGCCACCUUAAUAUCGGUGGCACAUUUAUCACAGAUGAAUCUUUGUUUGCAAUUGCAGCUAGUUGCCCACAUUUGAAGGUUAUCAUUCUUUGGGGUUGUCGACAUGUUACCGAAAAUGGCCUCAUUGCGCUUGUAAACAAAUGUCAUGAACUCGAAUCUAUAAACAUUUGGGGAGUAAGUGUUUCAGUGGACUGCUACCUCAGUUUACUCUCCAUCAGCCCUACUCUGCAAAUAAAAGCUGGGAGGUUACGCCUCAACACCGCUACGCUUCCUCUUGUUCCAGCUGCUUGAGAGAGUCGCCUCUUUCUCGAACCAUUUGUAUCAUAUCAUACAUCAUUGUUCUUUUGGUUGCAAUUAAUUUGAAUAAAUUGUUUCACAUUUGUGAUUGUCAAUGUAGAAACAUGAUAUCUUCCACCAACUUUGUAUGUGAUGAAUGUACAGUUUCAA